AUCAGAAUCAUUUCCAACCCAGCCAUUGCUGUCAGCUCGCCGUCUGGUUCACAGGCCAGCCAAGCCAACCCAUCGGCUGUCGGGGAGGCCUUCACCCCUCCUCUUACACCCAACAAUCAACCUCUGUUGACUGUACCAUCAUCUGUCCCUCAGGGGGAUCAGUCUGUCAUUCAUGUUCUUCAUCAGGCAGGAAAGCUCAGGAAUGUGCUCACGUCCACCGCCGCAUCAUUGCCGCCUUCACAUAGCUGCUCCACCUCACCAUUUAAGGUUGUAAUCCCUUCUUCAAAACAGGCAACAACCUAUUUGUUAAAAGUUCCACCUAGUAAGUUUAGUAAAACUGCCACCAUGUAG